AUGAUGGACGGAGGACAUCAAGUACUUGAGUCGCCAUCGUCCGUCCAUCGGCUGAACACUGAUUGCUUGACCGAGAUAUUCUACUCUAUCGUUCGUGCUUCCGAGGGCGAUUUUGACGCCUUGGACGCAUACACGAACCUCUUGAGCCUGACGCACGUCUGUCGUGUUUGGCGUGCACUGGCACUGGACCUGCCCGAGCUUUGGGGCGACAUCGCAUUCGUGUCCAAUAAACCGGACGUGUUCAGGACUCUUCUCGAUCGCGCGCGCGAUGCCCCUCUCUACCUACCACCGAUAUUCCCAUCCGAAGAGCAGGCCAAUAUUCUCUUCGGAAGUCCGGAGCGCUUCAGAGUCUUAGAGCGUGCAUACCACUUACAAUGGGAUCCGGCGGUGCUGGCCGGGAAAUACCUGCCGUGUCUGGAGUCGGCUCGACUCAUGGUUUGGUCUCAACAUGAGCGCUAUCAUCCUGAGCUCGCACCCAUGAUCCUGCCCCGUAUUCAAAAGCUCGUACUCAGGAGCUUUUGUAUCCCAUUCGAGGCACCAAACCUGCGCAGUCUCCGCAUCACUCUACGUGGUCAACCGAUCAACCCUGAGGAUCUUGUCUCCAUGCUCAACAGCCUGCCCAGGCUGAACACUCUUCGACUGGGUGGCUGCCUACCUCCCUCAUUCGUACAUAACGGACGCCGCAUAGGCCCAAUCUACCUCCCCAGCCUCACUAUGUUUAGAUUGAGAGACGGUUGUGCAGCCCUUACCGCCUUCUUAGAACAGUUACACCCUGGAAACCCCGACUGUGGUGCUCAUCUCACUGCUCGAAGAUGGGCGGACACAUCUCAUGCCGAAUUGGGCGGGUUAUUCCAGGCGAUGCGACGGUACCUGAAGACACCAUCACGCGACGAGAUGUACAUGCACCUCGACCCUAACAAAGAGCCUUAUAUCGCUGCCAUGCGUCGAGUAGACUCUACGAACACCGCCGCUCUGACGGUGACAGACGAGGGUGUGGGUGUCGACGCGAUCAAUCCGGCACUGGAGCGUGCUGCUAGCUUCUCCUUGGACGACAGGCACGUAGACUUGAUAUCCAUUUACGCUUCCUUCCUCGAUCAGCUCUCCCCCUCGCAAGUCCGCUACCUGAGAACGCAUCGCAGCUGGCAGGCCGUGGAAACGGGGUUUCCCUCGUCCCAGAUAGCGGAGCUUUUCGGCAAGCCACAGUUCACGAACUCUCUUCAGGUUGUAGAGCACGGCAUUGCUUUCUCGGAUCGAGAUGGACAGUUCAGUGAAGCUCGUAUGUCGUCACUGUUCCCCAGCGUGCCCACGCUUUGGCCUCAACUACGGAAGAUGACGCUGAGCGGGGACGCAUGCUUAUACGUCUUGCAUACCUCACAAGGCGCGGAUGCGUUGUUGUCUUGGCUCAAAGCGCGCGAAGGAGCCGGGUUGCACUUGCCAGUCCUCCACUUGAGGGCACAGGCGUAUACCGGGGGACAGUUUGGGACAGAGUCUGCGGCUCAGUUGAGCGCUUGGUCAGAGAUCAGGGCUCUCGUAAGCGUCGUCGACGAGAGGAAGGGCGGGGAGGAGAAGCAGGAGGAGUGCGCAGCUUAG